AUGGAUUAUCGAACUGGAAGCUCAAGUGCUAGUGCUAGUGCAUCUAGCCAUCCUAGUGGUAGUCCGGCUCCUAAUUCUGCUACUGAUUUAUCAAGAGGAACUAGUGGUCCAGCAAGGGCAAGCAACCUCUUGAAUGCUUGCCGUGUGAUUCCUCCCAAUGACAAUGAAAACAAGCCAUUGUGGAGGUAUGUUGAGUUAAUGGAGAAAACAGGUAAAGGCCAGGGAGGGAAUGUAAGGUUUAGAUGCAGGCUUUGUGGUAAUAUUAUGCAUGGGAGCUACUCAAGAGUUAAAGCACAUCUCUUGAAGGUGGGAUCUAAUGGUGUAGCUCCCUGUCCAAAGGUAACAAUCGAUGUUCUUAGUCAACUUCAUGAUGAAAUGGCUAGAGCUGCAGCAGUUGCUGAAAGGAACUUGCCUAAGGACAUCCCACUGCCAGCAGAGGGCGCGAGUAGGGGGAAGAGAAGGGCUGUUUCAGCUAUUGAGUCUAGCUUCAAUUCAGAUACUCGUUCCAACCUUGAUGCUUUGAUUGCGAGAAUGUUCUACACAGCAGGCAUUCCUUUCAAUGUUGCAAGAAACCCAUAUUUCAGGAAGGCUUUUAUGUUUGCUUGCAACAAUGCGCUUGGGGGCUAUUCCCCUCCAAGUUACAACAAGCUACGAACUACUCUUCUUGUUCAAGAGAAGACACAUGUUGAGCGGUUGUUAAAUCCCCUUAAGUCGACAUGGCCUGUAAAAGGUGUGAGCAUUGUGUCCGAUGGGUGGUCUGAUGCUCAAAGGCGCCCACUCUUGAAUUUUCUAGCAGUGACAGAAGAUGGGCCAAUGUUUUUAAGAGCAAUCAACACUGAAGGAGAAAUUAAGAGGAAGGAAUAUAUUGCUGAGAAGAUGAUUGCAGUCAUUGAGGAUGUUGGACCAAAGAAUGUGGUACAGGUUAUCACUGACAAUGCAGCUAAUUGCAGGGCUGCUGGGUUGAUAGUUGAACAGAGGUACAGCCACAUUUUUUGGACGCCGUGUGUUGUCCAUACCUUGAACCUGGCCUUGAAGAACAUAUGUGCAGCCAAGAGUUCAAGUGGGGAUGCUUAUGAAGAAUUUCAGUGGAUCACUGAGGUAGCAGCAGAUUCUUCUUUCAUAAAAAACUUCAUCAUGAACCACUCAAUGAGGCUCUCCAUGUUCAAUGAGUUCAGUAAGCUAAAAUUUCUUGCCAUUGUUGAUACAAGAUUUGCUUCUACCAUUGUAAUGUUAAAGAGGGAAGACAAUCAAGUUCAAGCACAGCAAGUCAAAGAGAAGGUUCUAAAUGAUGUGUGGUGGGAUAAGGUGCAGUAUAUCCUAGAUUUCACUGAUCCUAUCUAUUCCAUGAUUCGUGCAGCUGACACCGACAAACCUUGCCUCCAUUUGGUUUAUGAGAUGUGGGAUUCAAUGAUAGAUAAGGUGAAAAAAAUAGUUUAUCGUCAUGAAGGGAAAGAACUAAAUGAGCAUUCCUCCUUUUUCUUUCAUGUGCAAGAGAUCUUGUACUCUCGAUGGGCAAAAAGUAAUACCCCCCUGCAUUGCUUGGCACACUCACUGAACCCCAAGUACUACUGCGAAAGCUGGUUGGCUGAGGUUCCAACCCGUGAAGCUCCUCACAUGGAUGCAGAAAUUUCAGAAAUGAGAAACAAAUGCUUCAGAAGGUAUUUUGCUGGUGAUGAAUUAAGGAAGAUCAAGCAGCAGUUUGCAGAUUUCUCGCUGUUUGGAAAUGGGUUUAAUUCCUUUGACUCAAUCAAGGAUAGAGCUCAUUUGGAUGCAAAGCAAUGGUGGGGAAUUUAUGGUAACUCUGCCCCUGAGUUAAAAAAAUUGGCGCUAAAAUUACUUGGACAACCAACAUCAUCAUCUUGUGCUGAAAGAAAUUGGAGCACCUAUGGUUUGAUCCAUAAUUCAAUGAGAAACAAGCUAAACCCUGGACGUGCUGAAGAUUUGGUGUUUGUGCACCAGAAUUUGCGUCUUCUUUCCAGGAAAUCUGAAGAGUACUGUACUGGUCCAUCAAGAAUGUGGGAUGUUGGAGGAGACAGCUUUGAGAUGUUCGAGGGUGGUGCUGAUUUUCUUCAAGAAGCUGCUCUUUCACUUGAUGAGCCUGACCUUGAGAGGGUGCUAGAAGAUCUUGGUGCAUUGGAUCUGUCUGCUGAUGCUGAACCUUCAGCCACUUCAGUUACCAUGAUUGAUACAAGCAGCAAUUAAAUUGAUCUACCUAUCUAGUUAUUAUUGAAUUGAACUUAGAGUACUGAACAAGUUUAUCGGUCUAUCCUAAUUAUUCUAUUUGUGGCUGUGAACUUGUUAUUUAUAAACUAGUUGUGUGCCCGUGCCCUGUGGGCUGGAUGUGAACUUCUAUGGUCAUUGCGAGUUUGGAUGUACCGUUGAACUAUUAAUUUGUGGUCUAUGCACUAUUUGUGGUCUAGCACUUAUUCACAAUCUAUUUUUGCCCUGUUCAAUUUACUACUUUUCUGUAUUUUUAAUUUAUAUAUAUAUAUAUAUUAGCGUAUCCCCGUAUCCUCAAUUUUUGGAAAAUGUCGUAUCCCCGUGUCGCCGUGUCGCGUAUCCGUGUCCGUAUCCCCGUAUCGGGGUAACAUAGUAGAUAGAUACUGAACAUGGUUACAUGGAAAAAUGAUGCUUACAUUGCCUCCAGAUAGCUUCAUUCAGAUCGAGCAGAAACGCUUUGCAUUCUCUGCAACGAUGCUGUCAAGUAAUGACUCGCAUGCGUCUUCCAGCAGAUCCAGCACCAGAAAAACAUUGUGCAACGAUAGCUGUCCCCUCCCUCCCCGCCGCCUGCCUUCUCUUUCCCCACCGCCGCCGCCCUCUCGCGCGCCGGCCGCCGCCUGCCUUCUCUUUCCCCGUCGCCGCCUGCACUACGACGCCUGGCCGACGGACUGGUUGGUGGGGAUGGCGGCGAGGGACGGCGCGGCGCUGAAGCCGGUGCUGAGCGGGUUGUCGAUGAAGCCGGUGCCGAGCG